UACGGCUUGUUUACUUUGCCGAACGACAUGUCGUCUGAAAUUGAAUCCAAAGAGACGUAGUUCUAUAAACGAAAAUUGUGGAAACCCUAGCCUACUCCGGGCCCCGGGUGAAAACUGAAGAACUCUGCUCAGUUCUCCCUACCGUUCAAUUGGGGCUAACAACUAACAAGAUUGCAGCAGUUACAUUCGGUUUUGUAAUUGGACGAUGGGGAGGAAAGAUAAGCAGAAGAAGUUCCAAUUCGAGGACGACGAUGACGAUCUUCACAGGGCUUCGAACUCUGCCAACUCGGUGAGCAGUGACGAGGAGGAGGCCAAUGAAGAUCUUAGCCUCAAGAUUGUCGAGAAGGCUUUGCUAUUGCGUGCCGGGAAGUUGGUCGCCGACGCCAACGAUAACGAGGAUGCUAACCGUGGAACGAGUGGUAAUAAUGGCGAUGCCGGCGUUGGAGCCGUCGAACUGUUUUCCUCGUCUUUGGCGGAACCUGACGCUGCUGCCGGAAAUAGCGUAACCGCUGCUUCGGGAAGUAAGAAGUCUGUGAAGAGGAAGAAGAAAAAGGCUAAGAAGCUGGGAACUGAAGAGCUCAAUGUGGUUGUCACAGAAGGAGAGAAUACCGAGACAACUGGAAUGAUAACUGAUAAUAACGUGUUCAGGAAGCUUCUUCGUGGACCAAGAUACUUUGAUCCUCCAGAUAGUUGGGGAACGUGCUAUAAUUGUGGCGAGGAAGGUCAUAAUGCUGUGAAUUGCACAUCAGUUAAACAACGAAAGAAACCAUGUUUUGUCUGUGGAAGUCUGGAGCACUAUGGAAGAAGUUGCUCGAAGGCACGAGAUUGCUUUAUUUGCAAGAAAGGUGGGCAUCGUGCAAAAGACUGUCCAGAGAAGAACAAGGAUGUUUCUUCAAGCUCAAAAAUGUGCUUAAAAUGUGGAGAUUCUGGGCAUGAUAUGUUUUCUUGUCAAAAUCAUUAUCCAGAUGAUGAUCUUAAGAACAUACAAUGUUACAUUUGCAAGAAAUUUGGCCAUUUAUGUUGUGUGAAUUCCACCAGUGAUACUUCAAUAGACAUUUCCUGCUAUAAAUGUGGACAGACUGGACAUACUGGUCUGGCAUGCUCAAGAUUACGUGGGGAAGCCUCUAGUGCUGCAUCACCUAGCUCAUGCUAUAGAUGCGGUGAAGAAGGGCAUUUUGCCCGUGAGUGCACAAGUUCUGCCAAGGGUGGCAAGAGGAAUCGUGAGGUAUCAAACCCAAAAUUGAGGUCCCAAAUAGAAGAAACGAAUGUAAACCCACAGGCAUGCUCGACAUUUUGUGGGGAAGCCUCUGUUGCUGCAUCACCUAGCUCAUGCUAUAGAUGCGGUGAAGAUGGGCAUUUCGCCCGUGAGUGCACCAGUUCUGCCAAGGGUGGCAAGAGGAAUCGUGAGGUAUCAAAGCCAAAAUUGAGGUCACAAAUAGAAGAAACGAAUGUAAACCCACAGGCAUGCUCGACAUUUUGUGGGGAAGCCUCUGUUGCUGCAUCACCUAGCUCAUGCUAUAGAUGYGGUGAAGAWGGGCAUUUYGCCCGUGAGUGCACCAGUUCUGCCAAGGGUGGCAAGAGGAAUCGUGAGGUAUCAAAGCCAAAAUUGAGGUCACAAGUAGAAGAAACGAACCAACUGGGAUCAAAUUCUGCGUCUCGUGAUCUUGCAAAGGCUCACAAGAAGAAAAAGAUAAAUCAUGAAGAUAAGUACACCACCUUGCCUAGGAAGUCAGGACAAAAGGGUCGCUGGAUGAUGGAAGAUGCUCCUGGUAACUUUUCUAGUGGCUCAUCCAAGAAAAAUAACUGGAAUUCUCCUGUUACACCAUCUAGAUGGGGUCAUAACAAUUCUCCUGUUACACCAUCUACGUGGGGUCAUAGUAAUUCUCCUGUUACACCAUAUACGUGGGGUCAUAAUAAUUCUCCUGUUACACCAUCUAUGUGGAGUCAUAAUAAUUAUAAGGAGUACACUGGUCACUAUGAAAAUCCUCAAUCUUCCACACACAGGCGUGCAUUGCAUCCACAUCCAGGGACUCCAAUGUCGUUAGGAUCCCAUAAAGCUUCUUACAGAUUCCCGGCUUCAAGAUUUGGGGGCUUUACCGAUGAAAGAUUUGGUGGGGGCUUUAGCAAUGAAGGAAGGAGGAAAAACUAUGGAUGGUGGUAGAAAGUCCUGUUUGAUAUGUAUGAUUGGUAGCUGUUGGAAAAAAAUUACUGCUUGAAGAUCUGAUUUUUGCUUAAUGGUUCCAUUGCAGAAUCUGAGAUAAUUUCAAGUUAUUGCUUCAUUUGUAAUAGUACCAGAUCAACUCUUUGAGUUCAGUUACAUUAUUCUCUAUCGCUCUUUGCAGUCGCCGACAGGUGUUUUCAUUUGCAGUUAAAUUUAAACAUCUAUUAAUUUUACAGAAUCGUUUGUUUUUUACGGCAGAAUGGCAAAAUGUACCACAGAUUUGGACUAGAACGUUUCUCAUAGCAUUUUUUGGGAUGUAAAUGCGACUCCAUGACUUUUUUUAGGGAUUUUGUUGUGUAGUGUUUCUUUUCUUU